AUGGCGUCCAACGAACCCCGGGCCCAACAACAGUCGCAACCCUCCAAUCCUGACCAGUCCUUCAGCAUGCUCGCAGUAGGCGACGUUGAGGCAGUGGGUGCCCACUGCCAAAUGACCUACUGCCACCAACUCGAUUUCCUCCCCUUCCGCUGCGACUCAUGCCACUCAACAUUCUGCCUCGAUCACCGCUCCGAGACCGCCCACAACUGUCCCAAAGCCGGCGAAUGGGCACGCAACCGGCGGCGUAACAGUCUCAACCGCUCUUCCACACCCAACACUACUGGCACGUCCACUCUCACAACCUCAAAGCCAACACUAGCAACUGGCACACAAUGCUACGAAACGUCCUGCAAAACGUUCGUCAACACUCCACAGUCCGUCGGCGUACGUUGCGACACCUGCAACAGGCAAUACUGCCUGAAACAUCGUCUGAGGGAAGAGCAUGACUGUAAGAAUGUGGUUCCCUUAGGCGCCAAAACAACAACUUCCACACUCGCCACCAACAAGGAAAAGAUCCGAUUUGGCUUCUCUCGCAUCCGCUCGUGGGGUAAGUCCCAACAGUCCGAUCUGGAGAAGCGAAUGCAGGAGUUGAAGCCGAAGCCAAAACCUACCUCUGCGGCGGCGCGGACGGUCGCAUUGAACAAGAUGAAGGCAGCAGCCAAGGGCGACGAGAAGGUUCCGAGUGAAAAGAGGGUGUAUCUGCACGUCGAGGCCGAGAAGGAAACAACACGCGCGAAAAUGCCGCAGAUGGCGCUGUGGUUCAGUAGUGAAUGGAGUGUGGGGAAGGUGUUGGAUGAUGCGGCUAAGAGGUUGCAGGUCGCAAACUCGAACAACACUGUCGAUGAGGAGGAGACACGAUUACGAGUGUUUCAUGUUGAUGAUGGAAGGGUGUUGGAUUUUGGGGAGAAGUUGGGUAAGGCGGGUGUGCAAAGUGGGCAUACGAUUGUGUUAUUGAGAGGCGUUGGGCCUGGUGCGCCGAGUGUGAGGACGUGA